AUGAAGAAGAAUAAAACUUACCAUCUCACUAUCAAAACUCCCCAAUUGCCACCCUUCCCCCUCACUCUUGCUCUAACCCCGCCUAAUCAGCGGGGUGAAUGUUUCAAAUGCUACCGCAAAAAAGAAAUCUACAUAGUCAGCGAGCGACCAAUUGGCCUAAGUUGGGAAGUAAAAAAGUUUUGCCGGGAAUGUGCCUUAUCCAAUCUGGAUGAAUCAGAACAGGGAGACUAUGAGUUUGAAAACAAAGCCCAAAUAAUUAAAGAAAUCCGAAAGGCUUUGGAGAAAUCAGAAACUCUCCUUCCCCAAGAAAAAGAAAAUUUAUUAGAAU